AGGGACAAAUUAAAUAAAAGAAAUACAUAAAAUCAUAUGAUAAAAAUACAACACAAUAAAACAGAGUGCAAUAGUCAUGUGACUCUCUUCAUGGAGUGAAUAAACCCCUAAGUGAAAAGGGUGCCCUUAACUCUUUUGGGCAUGGAGUUCACUAGAGCUUCACCGGUUGCCACUGGAAUCCUCUUCCACUGCUCCAUGACCCUCCAUAACUGAUGGAUGAGCUCAGAGAAGCUUAGCUGGGUUUAGGUCUAGAGACCUUCUUCAGCAAAGCAGUCCUCAGCUUGAAGAUGUGUUUGAGGUCUUUAUCAUGUUGGAAAAAAGCCAUGCAGUCCAGUUUCCAAAGGGAGGGAUAAUGUUGUGCUCCUCAAUAUCACAGUUCAUUUUAGAAUUCAGCUCCCCCAGUGCUGGCUGCACUCAUACAGCCCCAGACCAUCAUUCUACCACCACCAUGCUUGACAGUAGACAUGAGCAAAUUAUCUUGGUACUCCUCACCAGGGUGCUGCCUCACAUGCUGGACACCAAUUUUUGUUUUAGGAUUUCUUGAUUUCUUAUUAUAACGCAGGACAUGGUUCUGGCAAAAGCUCAGCAAAUGUUUGCAAGCUUUCUUGUUCUUCAGCUUUAGGAGUGGCUUUCUUCUCUUCCUUUUGGGCGCCUCCUGACUCAACUGUUCUGCAAAAUGUAGCUCCAAAAUGAAAUGUCUUUACCUAAACUAUCUAAUUAAAGUCUUCAUAAAUGUCUGAUUGGCUGAAUGAGAGUGUUAGGUCAGGCUAGAUUCUUGUCAGGAGAGGCAUCCUUCUACAUUGGUGCCAUGCAGACAGAGUUGACGCAGUGUGUGGUGUAUGGUCUGAGCUCUGCAGGUGUGAGUAAGCAGUGAAACUUUUGAUGUUUUGUUAGAGAAAACUAACUUUGGUUAAAAAGACUGAAUAGCUAAGACUAAUAACACUGGCUGAUGUUUAACUUCACUCACAGGAUAGUACCUCAAACCUUACACAAGUGAGGGUGUUCCCAGGUCAUCCCCUGAGAUUUUACAUGCUCUCCCAGGAAUUUUGCCAGGCCAGUGUAUUUGUACACUCCAAAGUGUUGCAUUUAUACUGUAUGCAUAAAGUACACAAAGUCAAUGAAAGUCAUGUCCAUGAAAUAAAGUCUCAAAAAUGGAUUAAAAAACAAAAUAGCUAAUCCUUUUGUAUGGGUACAGAUGAUAGCGUUGAUAGAUUGUUAAUUAUCUUUCUGUCUGAAAGUUAACUGCAGGCCAAAUGUCUCAAAUAGAACUUCUGCCUACGAGCCAGGUCCUGCCUGAGGCCAUGAGACAGCUGCUUCUAUAAAUAACCCCCUCAACAACCACCUCCUCACUCUCACACUCCAGUACACAAAUCCCCACAUCCCAUGCUCAUACACAUGCCGGCACGACGAAAGGUGAAAAAACAACUUUCAAUAACCUUGCCAAAGGGUUGACAACAUUCAGAAGAACUCAGGUAGAGCUCAGGAGUUUCUGAAGAGAAGCAUGAAGAGCUUGAAGUUCUUGGCGGCUGAGGGCUUUGUUCGAAGUGGCCCGAGUGCUGGUAAGAACCUCAACUAUCUGUCCUACAACCUGUUCCCAAUCCUGUUUAAAGCCAGCUACCUGCAGGAGGCAUCUGAGGUGCUCCAUGACCUGGUUGAGUCGUGGCCUCUUACGGAGCUCAAUCUGCGCAGAUUGCUGGGCCGAACACCAGACUGCCUGGCUGACCUGACCUCCUGCACCUGCAGGCUCUGCCUCACAGCUGUGCUGACCGGUCUGAAGGACUACAUCCUCCAUGAGGCGAAAACAUAUGCCAAGGUCCUGCGUGUGGUGGACUUGACAGGCCUGCAGGACAUUGAGCACCAGGCCUGCCCCUGCGGACGCACGCUGGGGCGCUGGGGCCGCACUGACCUGCUCACCCGUAUGUGCUACGAGAUCCUGGUGGCCAUGCAGGCUGGACAGUCCGCUCCAUCUGCCUUUGAGUUGGAGGUGGACGUCAGAAUCGAUGCUUUUGUCACAGCAAGGAACUAUGAAGUGGUGGCUCAGGCCUUGCUGCUGCUAAGGCACUGUCCACUCAAGAUGCGCUGUGUGGGUUUGCGCAUGGACUCCCUGGUCCUCAAGAACCUCUUCUACCUGCUGAGGCUGGCUGAGCCCAAGGGCCUGAUGAAGCUGGAGGUAGUGCACAACGUACGCCUGGAGGCUCCACAUCUGGAGGUGAUGUUCUCGCAGCUGCAGUUUCCUCAGCUGCGCUCACUCACUCUUCCGGCGCAGGCGAUGAAUGUUCGUAGACUGGGCCCAGAUGAUGAGGGCCUGCUGGGAGUGCUGGGAGAGCUGAUGAGCAAGAUUACAGAGCUGAGGGAGCUCUGCCUGGGCUUCUCCACACUCACGGGACAUCUGCGUAAGCUGCUGAGUCCUCUCAGUACCCCACUGCAGUGUCUAGAACUGGGUAACUGCAGCCUCAGCACAGUGGACAUGGCCUACCUGGCCAACAGUCUGCACAGUGAGUUCUUAGUAAGGCUGGACCUGAGUGGACAUGUGGUGGCUGACCUCUUCCCCAACACCUUCCGUAAACUGCUGCACCGCUGCUCAGCCACACUCACCAGUCUCAAUCUGGAGGAAUGUGGCCUAGAGGACGAGAGCUUGGAUCUCCUCACCCAGUCCCUCACACCCUGCCACGGCCUGCAGGAACUCAAGAUCCUGGGGAACCCACUGAGCACUGGAGCCCUGCGCCAGCUCUUCAACAUGCUGGCUCAAAACUACCCAGCUCUCAGGUAUAUCGAACUGCCAGUUCCUCGAGACUGCUACUCUGAAGAUGUGACCUACCCUCUGGAUGAUUCUGUGCUUCUGAGUUAUGAUCAGGAGAAGUUCCUCCAGGCCAGAGCGGAACUGAAAGGCAUUCUGGAGAGUGCUGGGAAAGGACAUGUAGAGGUAUGCACACCACUGUUCGGUGCCUACGAUCCCGACAUCCAUGAGACAAGCAACGAGCUGGGAUGCUCCAUCGUGCACUCAUUUAAUAAUGUUAUAGGGAACUUCAUAAGCACUGUGACUAACGUCAAUGAGCGGAGAGAGCAAAGCAUGAAGCACUGAUGGAGUUUUGUUAUUGGAUAUUAUGCAAAUGCUUUAGUCUAUCAUAAAUAAAGAACAAUAAAUAGUAUUGUGUUUUAGUAUAUGUAUACUGCAAAUUUGUAAGGCUGUUUGUGUUGCAGAACAUCAGAAUUUGUGAUUUUGCAUGACACGCUGUAUAAUAUGAAUGCGUCAGUGAAUUGUGAAAGAAAAAGCUGCUGUUAAACGUCUAAACUGUGCAAUAUAUAACUAGAUUUAAAUUACUUAAGCUAUAUCAUAAAUGUAAUUGUGUCACUUGAAAAAAAAUGGAUUUCCAGUACAACGUAACAGGAAAAGAAAUUGAUGUAUAUAUGUACAUAUCCAGUCAAGCAUAACAUUGUGAUCCUUGUUUCUACACCCAGUAUGCAUUAUUCAGCUCCACUGAGCAUAUAGGACAAUUUUUAAUUCUAUAAUUACUGACUAUAGUCCUGAACCUGUUUCUCUGCAUAUUUUAUUAUCCUCCUUUCCACCUCCUUUCCGUUCUUCAAUAAUCAGGACCUCACAGAAUAGACCACCACACAGCAGCUAUUAGUUUGGGGGGGGGGGUUCAUUCUUAGCAGUACUCAGCAGUGCUGCUGGAGUUUUUAAACACGGUGUCCUCUAACUGUCUCACUUAGACACUCCUUCUUAUAGCUGCUUCCCGUUGUAGAAGUAAAAUCAGAGACAGAAACUCUGAAUCUGUUGCUCAACUGAUGGGCUAUUCACAACCCAGCAAUGACAAUGAAGUGUUUAAACAGAGAAAAACAGAAAUAGAAGUACUAGUGUCUGUCAUUACAGAACUAUAACAUUUCUCCUAUAUACUCAGUGGAGAUGAAAAGUACAAAUAAGCAUGGCUGUCUAAGAAGUUCCAGUGAGAAACACUAAUGGUUAAAUUUAGUAGUUGGAUUUGACUGCAUGAAAGACAAAGUCUAGAAUUAAUGUUUUGUAUGAUAGCACAGAUUGAUUUAAUGAGGGCAACCAAGGUUUGUACAAAAUAUGUUCUUUGUAGGAACUACAUUACUCUGUUCUUUAAACAAAAAAUAAAAGUCUGAUACAAA